UAUUUAUAUGUUGGAAUUCACGUUCCAUUCAUUCGUAGUUUGUUUCAAACAGCAUCAAGAUGAACAAGUUAGUUUUCUGCAUAGUCUGUGCAAUUUCGGUAGCUAAGGUUCAUUGUGAUAUAUUGGACAGUUCAAAAUUAGAAAAAAUUGAUUUCGAGGCUAUAAGAAGCAACGAUCGUCUUCUGCAGAAUCAUUUCAAUUGUCUGAUCGAAGGAAAAGGAUGCACCCCAGAAGCAGAUGAAUUGAGAAAGGGCUUGCCUGAGGUAAUGGAGACCUGUUGUGCCAAGUGUUCGGACAAACACAAGGAGGAAGCCAACAAAAUGAUAAAUUUCCUCAUCGAGAAAAAGCCAGAGCUUCUCAAAAAACUACUUGAUAAAUAUGAUGCAGACAGAAAAUAUAGAGAUCAAUGCGCUGAAAAACUGAAGGCAGAAGGUGUGGAUCUCUCCAAUUUCUAAUAUCAAUGUAUUGUUCUCAAAUAAAUUAUGAAUUUUUGAAAUGUUAUUAAA